GCUUGAGACACCGAAUCUCUAUCUGCUCCGAGCCGAUCCGUCUCUUCCAGCACCGAACCCUCGUGCCCCGAUCGUUCCCUUCGAGGGGAAGUAGAAGAGGGAAGAGGAGGAGGAUAACUCCCAUGUCGGCCGCCGAGGAAGCCGAGCAGGAGCGCGCCGUCUUCGAGGACGACGACGAGGAUGACUCCGACAUGAGUGACGACAGCGAGGAAGACGACGACGACGGCCAGACGGCGCAGCCUCCUCCUCAGCCACAACCGGACUCGGCGCUAUCUUCUGCCCUAUCCGGUGAUCUUAGCGCCUCCACUCCCUCCCUUGAUGCCGCAGUCCCAAUCCCUAAUUCCGCCCUCGAACUCAAUCCUAUCCUCUCCGCUCCCCCCGCCGCUCAUCCCCAAAACGGUGCGAUCCCUGUCCAGGUCCUGCCCGCUGCUGUCCCUUCUACCGCCUCCUUCUUCGCCCCCGUCGUUUUGCCCGUCGCCACCGCCUCGGAUUCUGGAGAGCGGACCUCUUUCGCCUUUGAUGAUUCUCGCCGGCUCUUCCAGAGGCUUUGGACGGACGAGGAGGAAAUUAAAAUACUUCAAGGGUUCUAUGAGUUCACAUCGAGGAGGGGCACCACUUUUGCCUCCCACCAAUACGACACCGGCCCGUUCUACGAUGAAAUUAAGAAACAGCUCCAGUUCGAGUUUACCAAGAAUCAGCUGAUUGAGAAGCUCCGGCGCCUGAAGAAGAAGUAUCGGAACUGCGUCAACCGGAUGCAAUCCGGGGGAAAAGACUUUGCUUUUAAGAGCGCACAUGAGCGGACCAUACAUGAUAUCGCUCGCAAGAUCUGGAGCGCAAGUACCAAGAGGGCUCAUGAGAGCGACGAGGAGGAUCUUAACGCCCCAAACUCCAAUGCAAUGAUUACAGUUCCAAUCAAUGAUGGGUCUAUGAGUUCUGAGAGAAGGAAUUCUAGAUCAAGACGGCGCAUGAGAAGAAGAAUGAUGGAAGAGGCUGCCGCAGGUAUACCUGAUCCUACGCCAACAGUUGGGGGAGUUGAUGUAGACAAUUCCAUCCCGCAGAUGCAGACACCUUUAGCUCCUGUAGCUGAUAUACCAAACAUCAUAGAAGAGACAGUGAAGAGCUGCCUAUCACCUCUGUUUAAGGAGCUUAUUACUUCUUUUAUUGGGAGGCCACUUGGUUCAGGACUCAAUAACGGCACAUCGCCAUUGAACUUACUGCCCCUGAGCCUUGGGGGUGGUUCUUUUACCGACCCAGGUCUGCCUGUUGAUGAAAAGUGGAAAAAACAGCAGAUUUUGGAAUUGGAGGUUUACCUGAAGAGGCUAGAGCUUGUGAGGGACCACCUAAAAUUGAAAUUGGAGGAGCUCAAGUCUGCAGGAAGCUGAUUUGAGGUUUUGCUAGAAUGCUUGGAACUCUUAGCUAUGGAAUUUGUGCUUUAACUUGUGAUUCAUGUUUGUCUUGAUAGUACUAGAUACAUAGGACAUUUUUAACUAAUUCUAUCUCCCCCUGCUACUUUGUCUAUUUAGCCUAGUUCUUUUUUAUCUUUUCACCUCAUGCCUUGGAAGGAAGAAUAGGUGGAAAUGGAAUUUGGUAGCAUUAGUUGUUUGUGUUGCCCUUCUGUUUAUGCUUUCUGAAUACAUGGUUUUAGAAGAA